UCUCCUUCUUCUCUCAUAGGAGUCACAUUGUCCUGUAUCUUUUAACAGGGGUUGAAAAACAAAAACUGCCAACAUGUCUGAGAAAAAGAUGACAUCGAGCCGUAAGCACCAUUUGAAGAGCUUGGUGCUUGCGGUGGCUGCUGGCCUGCUGGAGGCGGAGGUGAAGGAGAUUGCAGCAGAGAAGGAGCGCUUCAUGGCCGAGGCCUGCCCCCCCUUGGACCUGCCAUCAGGAGGACAGCAGGAGCUGAUGGAGUACUGCAAAAAACUGGGUCAGUUGAGUGAUAAGAGUGAUGAAGAGAGGUAUGAUGCAGAGGCCAAAGUAACAAAGGCACAGAAAGAGAUUGAGGAUCUGAAGUUUAAAGUAACAGAACUGCAGCCAGUGAAGAAACCAGCUCUGAAGAAGGUCCGUAUGUCUGCUGACUCCAUGCUCCAGGCUCUGCUGGGCUCUAAGCACAAGGUGACCAUGGAUCUGAGGUCCAACCUCAAACAAGUGAAGAAGGAGGUCAAGGAGGACACCACAGAAGCUGGCGACUGGCGUAAGAACAUUGAGGAUAAGGCUGACAGGAAGAAGAUGUUUGAGACAUCCUAAACACUUCCUCUUUAGAGGCACUUGGGGGCUGGCUGGAGGACAAGGAGGGCGUGGCUGGCAUGGAUAUCAGGAAGAGAAUGUUUCAGUGUACAACUUGAUCUAAAGGACUAAUAGGUUUUUAUAUUCAAGUUCCAUCAAAUGUUUAUCUCAUGUUGUACUGUUGCAAAGAGGAGCUUGUUCGUAGAUCGGUUAUAGAAAUGGUCAAAUACAGGCAUCUUGUAAAAAAUUGUCCAAACUGCAGUAAUGUAAUAAAUGCUUUGAAUUAAUAGGC